ACCUCUCCAAUUAUUCGAAACCCCACACACAUACACCUUUUUUCCUCAACGUAUUACGCAUCCCAAAAUCCAACGCAAAUAAAUCCCUCCACUCCACCCUCUCCUCCCAAAAACCACAACCCAUUGAGCAAAGAACCAAAAACACAAACAAACAUGCUAUCCCUUCAACCACUUGCCCCAGUGGUGAUCCUGCUGCUACUACUACAGUGUAGCACCACAGCCAAAACCAUCUCAUACCCUGAUUUUCAAUUCUUGAACAUCAAAGAAGCAAUCACAGAAACUAAAACUAAGCCUACCAAAACAUCCCAAUAUCAAGAACCGUUCAAGAAUCAAAAUGGAACUCAAACUGACGUGAAAUGGAAGCUAAAACUACUCCAUAGAGACAAGAUAACUUCCAACAACUCCAACCCUUUUCAUGCGCGCAUACACCGAGACAUGAAGAGGGUGGCAAGCCUCGUCCGUCGCCUUUCAGGUUCCGGCACCGCCAGUUAUACAGAGGGGGACUUUGGGGCGGAGGUGGUUUCCGGUAUGAAUCAAGGUAGCGGAGAAUAUUUUGUUAGAAUAGGCGUUGGGAGCCCGCCAAAAGAUCAGUACGUGGUUAUUGAUUCGGGUAGUGAUAUAGUUUGGGUCCAGUGUCAACCAUGCACUCAGUGUUACCGCCAAACCGACCCGGUAUUUGACCCGGGUAACUCCGCAUCGUUUAUAGGGGUCUCUUGUAGCUCUGCGGUUUGUGACAGAGUUGAGAACUCGGGUUGCCAUGCGGGUCGUUGUCGGUAUGAGGUGAUGUAUGGUGAUGGGUCGUAUACCAAGGGGACCCUUGCCCUCGAAACGCUAACUUUCGGGAGGACUGUCGUCCGAAACGUUGCCAUCGGGUGCGGGCACAGCAACCGUGGCAUGUUUAUUGGAGCAGCCGGGUUACUAGGCCUUGGAGGUGGAUCCUUAUCGCUUGUAGGCCAAUUGGGUGGUCAGACAGGUGGUGCAUUUAGUUACUGUUUAGUGAGUCGGGGAACCGAUUCAUCUGGAUCAUUAGAAUUCGGGCGUGGAGCAAUGCCAGUGGGUGCUGCUUGGAUUCCUUUGAUCCGUAACCCACGGGCCCCAAGCUUCUAUUACAUCGGGCUUUCGGGUCUUGGAGUCGGAGGCAUGAAGGUGCCCAUAUCAGAAGACGUUUUUCAGCUGAGUGAAAUGGGGAAUGGAGGUGUUGUUAUGGACACCGGGACCGCUGUGACUAGGCUUCCUUCGGUGGCUUACAUGGCGUUCCGAGAUGCUUUUAUCGCACAAACCGGAAACCUCCCUCGGGCAUCCGGUGUUUCCAUAUUUGAUACUUGUUAUAACCUAUUCGGGUUCGUGUCAGUUCGGGUCCCAACCGUGUCAUUCUACUUUUCGGGCGGGCCAAUCCUGACCCUUCCAGCAAGGAACUUUUUAAUUCCAGUGGAUGAUGUGGGGACAUUUUGUUUUGCAUUUGCAGCAUCUCCUUCAGGACUAUCCAUCAUAGGGAACAUUCAACAAGAGGGAAUUCAGAUUUCUUUUGAUGGGGCAAAUGGGUUUGUGGGGUUUGGCCCCAAUGUUUGCUAAGUAGAUGUAAUUUAUGUAAAGGGAAUUGAUGGAAUUUUGCUAGUGUCAUAGGUACAAACACAUAUUAAUAGUAUCAUUACAUAAGAAAUUAAUGUAUUAAGACUA